AUGACUUCUUGUGACAAAGUAAUAUCCCCAAUUUUAUGCGCAAGGCGUUGUGGUUACUAUGGAAACCCAACCAAUCACAACCUUUGUUCCCAGUGUUACAAAGCUUUUCUGAAAGAAGAAGUUGCAAAGGAUGCAUUAGUUUUAUCCGAAAAAAUAUCUUCUCUUACUGUUACAACUGAAAAAGAUGAUUCGACGAUGAAGAUGCAGAAACCACAAAGAUGCAUGAGUUGCAUGAAGAAGGUGGGAUUAAUAGGGUUCAAUUGUAAGUGCGGUAAAAUAUUUUGCAGGAGCCAUAGAUAUCCAGAGGAACAUGCAUGCGUAUUUGAUUUCAAGUCGAUAGGGCGUGCGGCUUUGGCCAAAGAAAAUCCUCUUUGCAAAGCUGAUAAACUUGAGAAUAGGAUUUAA